CAUUUCGUGAUUUGACCGAACGUCGGUCCCUUUACUCGUAUCACACAGCAUUGUACUAAUACAUUUUUUCAUUUACAUUUGCAUUGAUGCAUUUAGGGGGCAAUGUUUGAUAUAUUUUUCAUGGCGACACAUAGCUAGCCUAUGCUAGCCUAGCCUGUUGGUGUGGAACAUAAGCUAGCUAGAAGUUUAUCAAGGAAGAAUGUUACCUGCCGACAACGACGAUUUCAGGGCUAGGUUUCCAUUGCACUCCUUAGUUUGGGAGAAUGACUACAGGAAUCUGGAUAAGUCGGUACCUACGAAUAACAAAGAGGAGGUUGACCCCAGAGGACGAACACCCCUCCAUCUAGCAGUGUCCUUGGGGCAUUUGGAAUCAGUGAGAGUUCUCCUGAGGCAUGGAGCAGAUGUCACCAAAGAGAAUAUUAAGAAUUGGACAGUGCUGCAGGAGGCGGUCAGCACAGGAGAUCCUGAGAUGGUGCAGUUGGUGCUGCAGCGACGGGACUACCUCAAAGCCUCCACAGCUCUUGGAGGAGUGCCUGAGCUGCUGUCAAAGAUACGAGAGUCGCCAGAUUUUUAUUUGGAGAUGAAAUGGGAGUUCACAAGUUGGAUCCCACUGGUGUCGAGGGUGUGCCCCAGUGACAUCUGUCGGGUAUGGAAAAGUGGCGCCAGCCUGCGGGUCGAUGCCACCCUGCUCGGCUUCGAAAACAUGACCUGGAUCAGGGGCAGGAGGAGCUACAUUUUUCGGGGAGAUGACAGCUUUACAGAGCUCAUGGAGAUAAACCAUGAUGACGAGGUGGUGGACACAGAGCGUUUCGAUAUCGAAAUGGAGGAUGUUACACUCGAUUCCAUGCAACCUAACCAGCAGGAAGUUGCCAAGAGGCUGACUACGCCCAUUGUUAACACCUUUUUGGACACCAAAGACAUUGCCUUCGAGAGGUCAAAGUCUGGUAUCUGGGGAUGGAGGUCUGACAAAACAGAGAGUGUUAAUGGAUUUGAAGCAAAGGUUUUCAGUGUAAAUAACGUGAAUGUGGUGAUUCGAACCAGGACUGAACAUUUAACCGAUGAAGAAAAGACCAGAAUAAAAGGUGAAAGGAACAUUCUCGAGUCACUGCUUGGAACUGUAGAGCAGCAUGUCAGUGUUCAAGGGGAUCUCACUUUGGAGUAUGCCACAGCCACCAACCCCACAGCCAUCACACCAGAGGAGUACUUCAACCCAGACUUCGAUCUGCAGGACAGAGACAUUGGCAGGCCAAUUGAACUCACCAUCAGGACCCAAAAGUUCAAGGGUACUCUGUGGAUGAGCGAGGAGUACCCGCUCUCCCUGGUGGAGCAAGUGGCCCCCAUCAUCGAGCUGAUGUCUCGCACCAGCUCCCACUUCGCCCGCCUCCACGACUUCCUCAUCCUCAGGUUCCCUCCCGGAUUCCCUGUCAAAAUAGAGAUUCCGCUCUUCCACGUGCUCAACGCCCGCAUCACCUUCGGGAACGUGAACAAGUGCAGCACUGAAGAGCCAGCCAGUGCCACCCCUGCCACCACACCUGCUGCUACGCCCUCUACCACCCCUGCCACCACGCCCUCUGCCACACCUGCUGCCACCCCCACGCCCACUGCCACGCCUGCUGCCACCCCCACGCCCUCUGAUGAGGGGGAGGAAAGCGAGACCACAGCUCUGGCAGGAGCGGCCCCGUUUCAGGUCUGCCCGUCAGUGUUCGUCGUGCCUGCGCACUACCGGCACCGCGGCGGCAGCCGGCACAUGCCAACCACGCACUCCCACAGCCAUGAGGAGGAGCUGCUGCAGUAUGCCAUCCACCAGAGCCUGCUGGAGUCCAGCGUGGGACCCACACCGGAUGUGGUCUGGGGAGAUGCCAAUGGAAUGGUCCCUGAGCUCAUGGGGAGUAGCCAAAGUGAUGGGACCCUGUCAUCUGAAGGCGUUCUCCUGGACCUCGGAGACACCAGCACGGCCAGCUCGGUGUCCGUCUCCAGCCCGGACAACGAGCUGCGCCUGGCACUGGAGCUGUCCGCUCGGGCCAAGGAGGACGAUGAGCGCAGGAGGAAGGAGGAGGAAGAGGAGCUGGAGAGGAUACUGCAGCUCUCCCUCACCGAGAAGUAAAGCGGUCACAACAACAGACUGGGUGCAGGCCAGGGCUCAAAAAGAAAACAAGGAAAGACAACAUAGGAGGGGGAAAAAAAAGGGAGCGAGUCCAUAUUUUUUGCCAUUUUACCACAUAAUUUUUUUUUCUAAUUCAAACUCUUAAUAAGUAAUCCAUAAUCUUUUGCCACAGACUAGCAGGAGAUAUGCUAACAGUCAGUUAACAUUUGUGAGAUGAAGUCGCUUAGCGAUUUGAAGUAUAUUUCUGGAGCAGAUCUUUGAGGCACUUUUUUGCUGUAUUCACCAUUCUGAAUAUUUGAAACUCCCUGUGAAUUGUAAGCUUCCUUUUCCUUGCCUCACAAAGUUCUCUGAGUCUCUCAACGCAGUCUUUUUCCCCCCAUGUCGGAUUUUAAGGUGUUCGUUCGUUCGUUCCAGCGCGUGGUGAGUGUGGGUCUCUUUCUGCUUCUAUACCCAGGCACUGAAAGGAUACAAGACCAAGAUAUCGUUGUUUUUGUAGAUUGUGCUGCUGGUGUACCAGUGUUCCGGAUGUGUGUGCGUGUGUGUACAUACACACAUGAGUGAGUGUGCAUUUUGCAUAAGAGUUUUGAGUUUGGGGAUGGGGAUUUUGGGCCAGGUUUGGGUCCCAGGGUUUUCGCCUUUAAAUUGAACAGACCAUCUCAGGGUUCCAGUUUUCCAUACUAACAAAGUAGUGUUGAAGUUAACACGACUACAUUAUGUGACAAGAAAACUGUAAUACUAACACAGCAGAUAUCAUCUUUUGUCGUGUUUUUAACAGGCUUAACAUAAACAUAUUAGAAAACAUUUUCACUUUUUUUUUUUUUUUUUUU